AUGGGGAGGCUGUUUGUGGUGAAUCUUGAAGGGAAGAUCUAUAGCUGCAAACACUGCAAGACUCAUCUAGCUUUAUGUGAAGACAUCAUCUCCAAGUCUUUUCACUGUAAGCAUGGGAAAGCUUAUCUCUUCAAUAAAGUUGCCAAUGUAUCAAUUGGAGAGACAGAAGAAAGAAUGAUGAUGACUGGAAAACAUACAGUAGCUGACAUUUUCUGUGUCUCAUGUGGAUCAAUCGUUGGCUGGAGAUACGAGACUGCUCAUGAGAAGAGCCAGAAGUACAAAGAAGGAAAAUCAGUGCUUGAAAGAUUUAAGAUAUCGGGACCUGAUGGGAGCAACUACUGGGUGAGUAGCCAAGGAAGGCAUAUCGGAGGAAGUGAUGCAGAUGAUGUUUGA